AUGACAUUGAAUCCAUCACGUGCUUUGCACGUGAUCAUCCCUGAUAAUGUGGCUGGCAUGGCAAGUUGCAAUGCCAUGUCUUUCUCCCUCAUCUCUUUCUUUAUGAGCAAGUCCCAGGGCUCCCUAAUCAGUGGUGCAAAAUAUUCCCUUCCUAUCACAACUAAGGUUGAUGCACAGCCUCCUGAUAUCUCUCCAAGUUCACAGCCACAGCCCUUUAUUCCUCUUGUAGCUCCUUCCCCAUUGAGACCUUUCACGAAUAAUUCUGUGCCUAAGUUAUCAGGCCUAUGUUCAUUGAAUUUCUCAGCUGCUCAAGAUGUAAUGAGCACAACUGCUACUGAUUGCUGGACUUCCUUUGCCCCAUAUUUGGCAAAUGUUGUAUGUUGUCCUCAAUUUGAUGCCAUGCUGGUGACCCUCAUAGGGCAGUCAAGCAAAUACUCUGGAGUGCUAGCUUUGAACACAACUCAUGCUAGUUACUGCCUCUCUGAUGUUCAGAAGGUCUUAGUCAGUCAAGGAGCAAAUGAGGACCUAAAAACUAUAUGUUCAGUCCAUCCUGCAAAUCUCACUGAAGCCUCUUGUCCUAUUGUAUUUGUUGAUGAAUUUGAGAGCAUUAUAGACUCUUCACGACUUCUGACUGCUUGUAGAAAAAUUGAUCCAGUAAAUGAGUGUUGUGACCAAGUUUGCCAAAAUGCUAUAUAUUCUGCUGCAAGAAAAAUUGCCUUGAAUUAUAUGUCUAAUUCAAAUGGAAACCAUAGCUUUCCUGGGCUGACAACUAGGAUCAAUGAUUGUAAGAAUAUCGUCCUUCGCUGGCUGGCUAGUAAACUCGAUCCAUCCACUGCAAAUAGUGUUUUUAGAGGACUUUCAAACUGCAACCUAAACAAAGUAUGCCCGUUGGUUUUUCCAAAUGUCACAAGUGUUGUGAAAGAAUGUGGAAAUCUGAUAAGUAACCAAACAUCUUGCUGCAAAGCCAUCAAAAAUUAUGUGUCCUAUUUACAAGAACAGAGCUUUGUAACCAAUCUGCAAGCCUUGAAAUGUGCUGCAUCACUUGGAAAGAAGUUGCAGAAAGCAAAUAUCUCCAAUAAUGUUUAUAAUCUUUGUCAUAUAAGCCUGAAGGACUUUUCUCUUCAAGUUGGAUCACAAGAAUCUGGCUGUCUUUUGCCGAGUCUGCCGUCAGAUGCAGUGUUUGAUGGAAUUUCAGGGAUUGGAUUCAUUUGUGACCUUAAUGACAACAUUGUAGCUCCAUGGCCUUCAACAUCAUACCCGCUUUCCUCAUCAUGCAAUAGAACUACAAAACUUCCAUCCCUUCCUACAGCUACAUCUUCACAAAAUGGUCUUUUCAUAAAUACCUUGGUUUUGCCUCUCCUCUUCACCUCUGUCUUAUUUCUCAAGAGACUUCUUUAA